AUGGAGUCAACCUGCAACACCAUCAUCAGAGAUGAAGAUAGCACUAGUAGCGCAAGCGAAAACGAAGAUAGAAUCAGCGCGCUGCCCGACCAUCUUCUGCUCAAAAUCCUCGAAUGCCUUUACACGCCCACGGCAGUUCAGACCGGCGUGCUCUCCACACGAUGGAGGCACCUCCCGCAUCAGCUCUCGAAUCUGCAAAUCAAUGCUGAAUACUUUCCAGGCACUCUAGUGGAUCAGAUAAUGACCGACUACACCGACGUGAUAAGCAGAUUUCUAUCUCCGCCGCCUUGUGGAUGCCAUCGGAUCAUCAGGAUCCUGCAGCUCUGCUUCUACCUAGCAGACCCUUACUUGUCCUCCAUCGCUCACGCGGUCGGGGAUGCCCUGAAGAUCGGCGUACCGGAAUACCUCGAGUUUGCGGCCACCGGCCAUGUUGCAUGUCCAAGUGAGGCUGAACUAGUACUCUUCAGACAACGGUUUAUGUCCUUCUUCCAUGCUUGGCCUGGUCCCUUCAGUUUGCUCACCAAACUGACGCUGCGGAGCCUUUCUUUUGAAGACUCAGAUAUCCCCAAUAUCCUCAACACUUGCAAUAAACUUAAGCUCCUUUCCUUGAGAUCCUGUCAAAUGGGCCAGGACCCUGUCCUCAAGAUAGAUGCUCCAUGCUCGGAGCUCAUAGGACUUGAACUUAUCGACUUUGGGUGUGCACAAGUUGAACUAAUCUCUGCCCCUAAACUCCUGGAAUUGGUCUAUGAUAGCUGGUGCGGUGAAAACCCCCCAGUGUAUUUUCGCUAUGUCCCUCAGCUUGUUAAUUUAUACUUCGCCUCUCCUGCCCUUUCUUGGCACACACCAUUCACAUUGAGCGAGUGCCUAUCUGGUAACAGAAACCUGUCAAUGCUGCAUCUGAAUUUUCGCACUCAAAUGAUUUGGAUUGAACCUGAAGAUUCUCGACAGCUCACUCCUAUAUUCAGUAAACUGAGAGAUGCGCAUCUUUACAAUAUCUUUGCAGAGUGCGAUCUGAAUUGGACUAUGUUUAUCCUCGAAGGUGCACCUUCCUUGGAGAACUUUUAUCUAUCUCGGCGUUCAUGUGAACUCAGUAAGACCGAGGAUAGUGCUGAGAAGACCAAUGUGUUGUGGGAACCAUCCAAGGAUUCAAGGUACUUGAACUUGAAGUUGCUCGUGAUGAACGGUUUUAAGGAGGAAGACAAGGUGAUGAAUUAUGUAAGACUUGUCAUGGUACGAGCUGUCGUCUUGAAGAGAAUCGAGUUGUGUGAUGAAGACCCGUGCAAGUGCAGUGCCAACAAUCAUGAGCCUCCAAGAUUUCUGAUAGAUGAAGCUAGCAAGCAACGGAUUAGGGAGCAACUCACCCAUGGAUCCUCCUCAUCCGCGGAUAUAAUAAUCGGAUGA